CGCCCGGGCGGCUGCGCCUUCCCUCCCCGGGACCCGGGCUCCGGCUGGCGCCCAGCCGCCAGGCGACCUCGGGGGUGGGCGCCGGCGCCCCGCCACCCACCAUGGAAACCCUCCAAGAAAAAGUGGCCCCUGACGCUCGUGCCUGAGGAUUCGGCACAAAAGAGGUGCCCAAAAUGAAGACCCUGAUGCGCCAUGGUCUGGCCGUGUGCUUAGCGCUCACCACCAUGUGCACCAGCUUGUUGCUCGGGUAUAGCAGCCUGGGCAGCCAGAAGGAGCGGCCCCCGCAGCAGCAGCAGCAGCAGGCGACAGCGACCGGCAGCGUGCAGCCCGUGGCGGAGAGCAGUCCCCAGCCGCGCCUCGCCGCCCCCGCGGGACCGCAGCCGCUGGACGGGUACCUUGGCGUGGCGGAUCACAAGCCUCUGAGAAUGCACUGCCGGGACUGUGCCCUGGUGACCAGCUCAGGGCACCUGCUACACAGUCAGCAAGGGCCCCAGAUCGACCAAACUGAAUGUGUCAUCCGCAUGAACGAUGCCCCCACUCGUGGCUACAGCGGUGACGUGGGCAAUCGCACCAGCCUGAGAGUCAUCGCACAUUCCAGCAUCCAGAGGAUCCUUCGCAACCGCCACGACCUGCUCAACGUGAGCCAGGGCACGGUGUUCCUCUUCUGGGGCCCCAGCAGCUACAUGCGGCGGGACGGCAAGGGCCAGGUGUUCAACAACCUGCAGCUUCUCAGCCAGGUGCUGCCCCGGCUGAAGGCCUUCAUGAUCACGCGCCACAAGAUGCUGCACUUCGACGAGCUCUUCAAGCGCGAGACCGGCAAGGACAGGAAGAUCUCUAACACUUGGCUGAGCACCGGCUGGUUCACCAUGACGAUCGCGCUGGAGCUCUGUGACAGGAUCGAUGUGUAUGGCAUGGUGCCCCCAGACUUCUGCAGGGACCCUAAUCACCCUUCGGUACCUUAUCAUUACUACGAGCCUUUUGGACCUGAUGAAUGUACCAUGUACCUCUCUCAUGAGCGUGGACGCAAGGGUAGUCACCACCGUUUUAUCACAGAGAAACGCGUGUUUAAGAACUGGGCACGGACAUUCAACAUUCACUUUUUUCAACCAGAAUGGAAACCGGAACCCCCUGCUAUGAACCACCCUGACAACAAGCCUGUGUUUUGAGGAAUGAGCACACCAAACCACAUGCCAGGUACCCAUGGUAUCAGGUAAGGGACCAGGGAACUCUUAAGCCACCAGCCUGGGAAGGAAGCCGAAGGAGACGCCGCGUCCUUCAGCACCAUGGACAGAUGCCCAGACCACUGUGUGGGAAGGAAGAUUCCACAGAGGAUGAUGUGUCUCUGAGCGGGGUCCACAGAGGAGCUGAACGCUCGUGUUGGUGAUGCUGCUUUGGCUAAGAGCACUUCAGAUCUCUAAGUAUUGCCUUUGAAACUUAAACUUGAACGACCCAACAUUAGUUGCAUUCCUUUACAGAAACACCAUAUGAAAAGACACUUUUCAAUAGGAUUGGACUCUAGUCUGACCUGUAAGCUUUGUCUGAUUUGUAGAAAGUCUGACAGUAUGGACAUGAUUUCUGAAGAGCACAUCUCCAGUGAGUUUCAUAAAGCAAAUGUCUGAUAUUUAUUUACUGAGAGUUUUUUUUAGUGUACUCUAGGCCAGUAUUUUUAUAGAUUAUGAUUAUAUGGUAAUUUAUUCUUCCUAACUCUUUAAUCCUGAGUAGUGGCCACAAUAGCCUAGAAUAAGGCUGCUAAGCCACUGUUAGCAUGUGAUUGAUAUUUGACUUGGAAGUGUCAUGUAGUGUGUUUUGAAGCCCUGGGCUUCAGGCAAAUUUCUCUUUCAUACCAAGAAUAGCUAUAACAUUUUCUAAUGUACAGAAAUGCUCAAAAGAACAAAACUGAAAACCAAAACAUGUGUUAUUAAAACAAAAAGAUGUUAACAGAGAUUUAAAGAUAGCUUUCUUUAGUAACAAUGAAUAUGAGUAACUUAAGUUCUAGUUUCUUUUUCAAAAUGUCAUUGAACAAGACUUUUUGGGUUCUGUUACAAGUCUGAGAUUGUACGAUCCUCUGAGUGGCCUGUAUGAGGACCAUGUGAUACUCUGAGUAACCUGUGUGAGGGUCAUGUGAUCCUCUCAGAGGCCUGUGUGAGGGUCGUGUGAUCCUCUCAGUGACCUGUGUGAGGGUCAUGUGAUCUCUUAUUGACCUAUGUGAGGGUCAUGUGAUCCUCUCUGAGACCUGUGUGAGGGUCAUGAGAUUUUAUUGACCCAUGUGAGGGUCAUGUGAUCCUCUGAGUGACCUGUCUGAGGACUUCACACUUGGAAAGAUGGGCUUCAGUGGUAAUAGGCACAUGAUUGGGAGAGCAGAGUUAUAGUCCUGAAUACUUACCUCCCUCUGCUUGUAAACAUGUUUUUUUUUUUUUUUUUUUUGAUCCUCCAUUGACUAAAGUCUACUAGGAAGUCAGGGGAAGGGACAGAUUUCCAAAUGUUCCCUAGCUACAAGUGCAAAGAAUUGCCAUUCUGUGAGGAGGAAAGAUACAAGAUCACCUAUGAGCAUUCAGAUGCACUGCAAGUCUUGGAUUCUUAGACACUGCCAUUCCUUGGUCUGGAAGGACAUAACAUGUUAUUUUCAUUUCAGCAUGUAAUAUUACUCAAAAUGCUCUUUCAAGGAUAUAUUAGAGUUUAUAACAGCCAAAGGGGCACUGGUUUCCCUGUCACACGUGAAAGCACCAGCUAAUAUGUAAAAGACUGGCAUCAUUUUGGCUUGUGGUUAAAGGUCUCUCAUUAUCACAUCUUUCUCUCUUCUUAAUUAGUAAUAGGGGCUGGUUCUCUUCCAUUUACAAGCACUACUAAUUACACAGCAUACUCUGGUUGAAAUGUAAACACAAUCCAGGUAUUCACAUAACAAAAACAAAUUAUUAUUGUGAUGUGGCCUAAGAUAUUAAAAGCCAGUAAAAAAAAAAAUGUAGUAACUCUAUACUGGAAUUCAUUCUUUAAAUUUUCUCCUACUACUCAUAGGGACUAUGAAUUUUAUCCCAUCACAGCCUCUCCCAUAGCAUGGACUAUGAACAUAGUAUUUUUAUGAGCAUAUGAAAAAGUAUAUGAAUUUUACAAAAUUGAUUCAUAGGCCACCUUUAGAAUCACUUGAAGAGAUGAUUUACUGAAAUGUAAGUGGCUUCUUUGACAACUCUUAUACUAUGCUAUCCAAUCUACUAUCUCAUAUCUGUGUAUCUUUAGGUUUAGGUGCUGUUUUUUAAAGAAAAAGACCAUCAAUAUAGCUCUAUCAUUAUAUAUUUCUCUCUCUUAAAUACCCAAAAGAAUAAAACCUAACAAAACACUAAAAGUCUUUUCUUCCCCAGGAAAUGUUUUAAGUCCACAUGUAGCUACAAUAUGUGAGUUCAUAUUGUUUCAAAACUACAGUAUAAAUAAGUGCAUGAAAUGAUGACCUGGGUGGUGGAUUCAUAGCAGCAUUAAAGCAAAUGCCUGGGAUUCAGGAGGAUUGUGCUGAUGGAACUGGCUAUGAGCAACUGAAUUCUUGUCUUGCCACAAUCAUUUCACGACUGUAAGACUUAACAUCAUCCAACACCAUUAAGCAGAAACUCUGAUUUAAACAAAGAAAGAGGGGGGGGAGGAAGGAAGGAAGGAAGGAAGGAAGGAAGGAAGGAAGGAAGGAAGGAAGGAAGGAAGGAAGGAAGGAAGGAAGGGAGGAAGGGAGGAAGGAAGGAAUAAAGGGGGAAGACUAUAAAGCCAUGUUUACAGACCUCGGCAGUUUCAGUGUGUUUGAAGCCUGAGUCAACCUUGGUACAUUUCAUACCUUUCUCUUCUCUCCCCAGUGGUACAAUCAGCUUCCUCCUGGCUUUUAAGAGCACAGUAGCACACGCUACAGUUGGCCGAUCCGUGGUUUCUGUUAUUUCAACACGAGAACAUUUGCAGAGGCCAUUACAAGAGAUAGCCAUUAUGGGCAGAGAUACAGGAAUUCACAAACAAAAUCAAUCACUUCAAAUGGCCCAUAAAAAGAGGAAUCUCACAUUUAGUAUUCUACAGUAAAUAUUCACCCAAGAAAGCAUACAUUAAAAGAACAUUAUGAGGUAAAUAUUCAGUAUGCUUCAUGGUGACUUAGCUAUGUGAAUUCCAUUCCCACUGACAGGUGUACGUCGAGUAAGCCCCACGCGCUUCGCUCAGCCUGGCCUGCGAGGGCCAGACAUACAAGAGGAACAAUUCAGGGAUGCCCAGGUCCUAAGACUGCAAAGUUCAAGGCUGUCUCCAUAAAACUAAAUGAAUGCACCACAUAAAGUCCCAUACCUAAAGGAGAAAUUGUGUGGCCUCUUGGAGUCCUAAGAUUAUCAGCAGAUUCAUGGAUGGGAUUCCAAAUUCCACCUUUAAACAUAGGCCAUCUUUGUCCUCCGUUAAGUACCCUCCAUGGCUGUUCAUUUGAAUCACACGAGAAUGAAGGCAAAUGAUCUCACUUUGAAGUAGGCACUCUCUUCAAUGAUUAAGAAGACUAAAGGAAUGCGAGGUAAGGUAGACUACUAAAAUGCAUAAGCUUUUGUACCUCUCCAAACAAUUGCCCCAGGAGGAGUGACCUGACUUAUUUUGGAAGCGGACCCUGGAUGAGAAUGCUUCUGAGUGAAAGUGACCUACUCUAAGAGAAAGUCCACAAUCCUCUCAGACUUUCAGUCUACCCAUCGGUUCCUUUCCGCUUCUCUCCGGCUUUCUUCAUCUCUUGCCCUCGCCCUCUUGUCUGUGUGCUCUCAGACCAACAGUCUGGGAAUUUGUGAUGUCUUCCUGGUAAGUUGUCAAUUCAAGAUCUUUCUGGGGAGCAGAUUUGAGGGUGGGAUAGCACCUCCCAGAGCAGUGGGGGGGGCAGACACACAGGACCAGGCACUUCAUACAUGCCUCCUGGUUGGCCCAGGCUGGGGAGGAAAGAAGAGAAGAGAAUUUAACUUUCAGAGCUAAAACUAAUCCCUUCUUGGAUAGAGCAAGACAGAGGGUUAUCCUCUCAGAGAAAAUUCUCAUACAAAGCCUAAAGGGGCAGGGCAGGAAGAGGGAACCUAUUGCCUAAGUUUCAGCAUAUAUUGGAAGAUACUUUGACAUGGAAAGAAGUGAGACUGUCUAGAAGGCUUAGCACCAAGCAGGCAUAACCCCUCUGUUCUAGCUCACUCCCUCAUCCCAACCUACUCAGGGUAUUGAAAUGUAACUGCAAAAAAAAUAAUAAUAAUAAUUAAAAUUCUGUUUUUAUACUCCAAGCCCUCAUAUGACAUGCUACCUUGGAUUGUCUUUGUCCUCUUCUAUAUGUGUCCUGUUAGACUAGACUGUAAGCUCCUUGAGGGCAGGGGCUGUUUCUCCUUUGUCUUUGUAGCCCGUACCUAGUACAGUGCCUUGCACACAAUAGGCGCUCAAUAAAUGUCUGUUGUUGAAGACUCCUUUAA